AUACAUUUUAAGCCCUAGUAUAAGUGUCAAACUCAACAAAUCAAGAUUGUCUUUUCUAAGAACAGUUGAGAACAUCCAGCGGCCACUCGUCAGAUGACUCCCUGAUUAAAGCUGUGAAACGACCAGCCGACACUGUGGGCUUCCUGCUCUGCCACCCCGUUCUGCAGUGAAGUGUGAACAUUAAAGUGAAUGUGGAGGAGGAGUCCAUGGAGGGGAGGAGGGGGCGAGCAGACUGAGGGAAGAGUAAGAUACCAGCCACACGGGCAUGCAUCGAUGUGCACCGGCAGAGCCGAGGCUGCUGGGGGAAGAGAAUGAGCAUCUUUACCAGAGCGGGUCUUCUGCUGGGAGUGUUCCUGAUCUGAGGGGAGGGGAGCACCAAAGCUUCGGAUACUGUCCGCCCACAUCACUCCGACUCCCAAAAUGUCCGAUUUCGAGGAUUUCAGCAAGCUGGGAGGACCUUCUAAUGUGUCUGAAAGCUACCAGCUCAACCCCACCAGCGUGAUCGUGUCCGUCGUCUUCUCCCUCAUAUUUCUGCUCGGCACCAUCGGCAACAGCCUGGUGCUCGCCGUGCUGCUCCGAAGCGGACAGGUCGGAUACAACACCACCAAUCUGUUUAUACUCAACCUGAGCGUGGCCGACUUCUUCUUCAUCAUUUUCUGCGUUCCUUUCCAAGCCACCAUUUACUCUCUGGAAGGAUGGGUGUUUGGCUCCUUCAUGUGCAAAGUGGUUCAUUUCUUCAUCAACCUCACCAUGUACGCCAGCAGCUUCACGCUGGCGGCUGUGUCUGUUGACAGGUAUCUGGCCAUUCGCUACCCGCUGCGCUCCAGAGAGCUUCGAACGCCUUGCAAUGCUGUGGUCGCCAUGGUGGUUAUUUGGGGUCUUUCCCUCGUCUUUGCUGGUCCAUAUCUCAGCUACUAUGAUCUCAUUGAUUACGCUAACAGCACAGUGUGCAUCCCCGGCUGGGAGGAGCAGGACCGCAAGGUGCUGGACACGUGCACCUUCUUGUUUGGCUACGUCAUCCCCGUGCUGAUCGUUAGCCUCUCGUACACCCGAACCAUCAAGUACCUGUGGACCGCCGUCGACCCUCUAGACGGCAUGUCGGAGUCUAAGAGGGCCAAACGCAAAGUCACCAAAAUGAUCAUCAUUGUCACGGUACUUUUUUGCAUUUGCUGGUUGCCGUACCAUGUGGUGAUUCUGUGCUACCUUUAUGGAGACUUCCCUUUCAAUCAGACCACGUACGCCUUCAGGAUCCUCUCCCAUUGUAUGGCCUACGCCAACUCUUGCGUCAACCCCAUCGUGUACGCUCUAGUGUCCAAGCACUUUCGCAAAGGCUUCAAAAAAGUCUUCAGCUGCAUCCUCAUCGCAAACGGGAGGAAUAAAGUUCACGUGGUGCACGUGGCCAACACUGGGCCGGGCUUUGAGGCCGGCUCCACAGAAGUGUCGCAAAUGAACGAGGAGAACGUGCGGCAAAACGAGUGCGAAAUGAUCAACAGGCCGAGGCUGGUGGAGCCGAGAGAGGCCACGGUCGCCAUGACUUUGCCGUUUCAGCAGCCCACUUGAGGAGCUGCUGACAAACUCAAUGCAGACUGUCUGAUCCGCUACUUUAGAAAUCCUCUUUUAUUUUCAUUGUGACAUCCAUACAUUCAGUAUUUAAAAAAAUGAAACCAAGGGUUUUGUGUUUACAAAGAUCAAAAUGUAUUUAUUUUUUUCUUUUAGUAAAGAGAAAGUUCUCAAAAUUAAAUCUCUAUUUGACUCAAAUGUAGCUAAUUUAUUUAUGGUCAUUUCAUUAAUUUUGUGGAUUUUCUACGGUGGCCCUAAAAUGCAAAUCACACCAAAAAAUCACUCAACGCCAAAACAAUAAAGAAAAACAGUUUCAUUUUUUAGCAUUUUCUGAAAAGUUUUUUUUUCUUUAUAUGACAACUGGAAAAGUUAGGUACAAUGGGACAUUACUAAUUGGAUGAUGACAUUUUCCCAUCAUUUCAACCGAAUGUUAUUUGGCAUGAAGCAAUACUGGAUAUUCUCUAUACUACUCAUUAAACUUUUAUUAACUCAAACAUCAUCAUCCAUUCAGUGAUGUCCUAUUAUACCUACCUUAUCCAGUUUCUUCUUUUGCUUUUUUUUAGCAUUUUAUUUUGACUUCUGGAAGUUGUUUUUUCCCUGAAAUGUUUGAUUUUUUUUAGAUAAUGUUUUGGUUUCUGGAUUUUUUUUUAAUUUCUAAAAUGGAAUAUUGUUUUCUUAUCAUUUGUUUUGCUUUUUUAAGUGUGGUUUUUAAUUUGUUUUUGCGUUAGGUGAUUUGUUGGUGUGUUAUUACCCAUUUAGGGCCACUAUAAUUUUUGUACAAAUAAUAGAAGGAAUGUGUCGUUCUCUUCUUCUUUUCCAGAUGAUCUCACAGAUGUCUAAUUCUUGCGAGCAGAGAAUAAACAUUGAAAUCAGGUUUCAGAUUUCUUUGCCCAGUUUAAAUUCCAGAAGGGUAUCAUGAAGCUGUGAGGUCACGCCGCAGUUCUAGCAAGCGUUUGAAAGGGAGACAUUCUUGACAGUUCUGACUCAUCAACAUCCAGAAGAUUUCUUACAACUCGUCAAGAUUUAGCUUUGAUAUACAGGAAUUUCGAUGUGGUCUUUCACCCAUGGAGUCUUGUUAAUCUUCUUAUAUCAAACCUACAAGCUCGCCGUCAAGGUUGUAGUAUUUGUGGACUGAAGGAGCUUGCUUUGUACCUUGCAUGCAAAUGCCAGCAUGUUGUGUUAGGAUUUAAUUCGUCUGUACUUUCAUGUGCCAAAAUUCACAUUCAUAUAAAUUGUUCAAUACUUUUUGGAUCAUUUUAGAUUGUUAGAUUCAGGUGUGGAGACAAAGAAACAGAAAACAGAUCAAUAUUAAGCAUAAAUACAUGUUUUUCUUGCACAGAAGACAAAAAAAGUGAAUACUUUUUCUUGUACUUUGCUUGUAUUUAUGUUCUGGCAUGUUCCUCUUUCUUGUAAAAUAUUAUGUGUUUGUUUAUCCAUGAGUGCAGUUGUAUAUUUAGGAAAACUACAUUAGAUGUAUAUAUUUUAAUCUCUUAAUCUAAAACGUAUAUCCUGCAUUUGCAUAAUUUGUUUAGAAGAUUUGAAAAAGUUCCCAGAUAACCCCACUAACAUUCAAAUUUAUUCAAUAAAAUUAUUUUGCAAUUUAAAUUUUUUUAACAUUUAUUUCAACCUAUAAUAUCACUAAAAUUGUUAUACUUAAGUUUAUUUGUUUGCUACAUCACAUGAUGUGGAACCAACCAAAUAAACAUAAUCAGAACUAAUAGAAUGAUUUGAAUAUUUUGAUAAAAUGAAAUAAUUUUUUAAGAAAAAUGUAUACUUCUCUGCCACUUAAGCUAUAUUUACACUGAAAGUUUAAAUGAUUUUUUUUUCUCCAAAACUGGUGUUUUCAGGACAGUCUAAAAACUGAAAAUCUUAUAUUUUUUCCCAAUCUGGAUCCUUCAAAAAUAUGGUUUUGAGUGGAAUUUUUGUCCUUGUAUGUCCUGGUUGCAAUUAUCCAACAUUAAGAUUUUUAUUACAAUUAUUUCUUCUUGUUAUAAAUCUUUCAUUCCUUGUUUUUUUUCAUUUACAGUAAAAAAAAAAAAAAAAAGGUUCCAGUCAGUUCAUGCCAAAAUUGAACACAACUCUGAUUCCGAUGAAAAGUCUUGAGAUACAUUUCAAAAAAAUGUACCAGCAGUGUGGAAUUUAUACUUUAAGACCUUCAACUUGAAGUAUUUUGACAAUGCCUGUGUCUAAGGUUCUGUACGAAUAAAAUUGUCCUGCCUGGCCUAAGUGUGUGGGAGUGGAUGUCGUCUGAGAUUAUUGUUUCAGAAUUAUGUCUGUUGUUUGCACAGAACAGGCAGAGGCCCUACCUUUGCCAAAUUGUCUGUUAAGAAGACCAGGAUAAGCAGAUGGACUCUGUUUUGGUUGAGGAGAGUACGGUAUGCAGGAUAAAUUACUUUUCAUUGAGUUUUUUAAGGGUUUUACACCAAACUUGAUUGAACAAACCUGCUGAUUGAGCAACACUUAACUCCAGCGCCUGAUCUGCCAUCCUGAUCAAAUAAAUGUGUCAUCUAA